CGGGGGGUGGAUUCCCCAUUCCACGGGCCAGCGCGUUUGUUUGACAGAGCGUGCGACAGCGAGGCGGAGUCGUUUGGCGGGCGACAUCCUCCCGGAAGCCGGAAGCUACGAGAUCCGGCCUUAAAAUAUGGUUGUCCUGAAUGCCCAAAGGUGAUUCAGCGAUGAUUGGAAACCGGCGAGGUCAUCCUCCAUCCUCUGCCAGCCCCUUGUGUUUCUUCAGCCCUAGCAUCGGGGACCUGGCCGGGGGGCCCUGGCGCUGGGGCCCUGUUGAUAGGGAGCCCGGCAAUGCGAAAUGGCGGGAAUGGCACGGCGGGCGGCACAGCGAGCAGCCAGCGCAGGUCCGGCGGUGUCGUUCACACCGCUGCCGACGCCGAUUCUGCGCCGCGGGACCAGGAAAGGUUCGUGGCAAUCCCAAAGAGGAGAGAACAGGAUGCAGAGGAUGCAUACAGUCGCCAAGACAAAAGGUCGUCAGGGGCCUGAUUCGCGGCCGCCAGAGUUGCGGGUGGCUCAGCCGCCAGUCGUACGCGCCGAGGUGGCGCUGCGCCGGUGCCUCCAUCCUAGAGGUACCUACCCAUCCCAUGUCCAUCCCAUUAUCUCACGUCAUCGUGCCCCCCGUGGCGCUGGGCCAAGCAUGGGAUAGCAGCUUGGUAGCCCCGCGCCAGAUGCGAAGCAAGACGCAGCCAGCCAGCCAAACCAGCCCAAGCAGCGCACAUCGGCAUUCCAUGAUCCUGGUCGCAUAUUUUGGCUGACGAUGGCUUUAUGGCUUAGAGUUUUCCCCCCCUUCUGUUAAGACUAAAACUUGUUCCUGUCCCAGCUUUGUUGUGCAUUUUGCUGCUUGUCUUCCGUUUUCGACGCCGUUCCCCCGCAUUGCUCAACGCCCCUACAUGACGGCUCGGCGACGACAUCGACGAUAACGAGAGAGGCGACA